AUGCUGUCACGACCAAGUGUCAUCCAGCGUGCCUGGGUAUAUGCCCUAGGGCUUAUUGUCGGGGGGUCCCUCGUCCUAGCUGGACCCUGUGAUAUUUAUGCCACUGGCGACACUCCAUGCGUUGCCGCACACAGCACAACUCGUGCCCUUUACAGCGCCUAUACUGGCUCCCUCUACCAGGUCAAGCGCGGCUCUGACAACACUACAACUAUUAUCACACCGCUCACCGCGGGAGGUGUCGCGGAUGCUGCCACCCAAGACACUUUUUGUGCUAGCACAACCUGCCUUAUCACGAUCAUUUACGACCAGUCUGGAAAUGGCAAUCACCUCACUCAAGCCCCGCCUGGUGGCUUUGAUGGACCAGACGAGGAUGGCUACGACAAUUUGGCUGGCGCAAUUGGUGCACCGGUCACGCUAAAUGGCAACAAAGCAUACGGCGUCUUCAUUUCGCCCGGCACGGGCUACAGAAAUGACGACACUACUGACAUAGCGACGCUCGAUGAGUCGGAGGGUAUGUACGCUGUCUUCGACGGAACUCACUACAACGACGCCUGCUGCUUCGACUACGGUAAUGCCGAGACCAGCAAUACCGAUACCGGUGCUGCCCACAUGGAGGCCAUCUACUGGGGAAACAGCACUUCCUGGGGAUACGGUGCUGGCGACGGCCCUUGGAUCAUGGCCGACCUUGAAAAUGGUCUUUUCUCUGGCUAUAGCGCUACUGAGAACAGUGCUGACCCGUCUCUUUCGUACCGAUUCGUCACUGCGAUGGUCAAGGGCGAGGCAGAUGAGUGGGCAAUUCGUGGCGGCAACUCUGCGUCUGGCUCACUCACGACCUACUACAGCGGCGUGCGCCCAAGUGGAUACAACCCGAUGAAAAAAGAGGGUGCUAUCAUUCUUGGAAUCGGUGGCGACAACAGUCACGGUUCUCAGGGUACCUUCUACGAAGGUGUGAUGACAACCGGCUACCCAACCGAUGCCGUCGAGGCCUUGGUUCAGGCCAAUAUUGUGGCCGCCAAAUAUGCCACCACGUCACUUGUCAGCGGCACUGCCCUCACUGCUGGUGAGUAUAUCUCUCUGCAGGUUACCACAUCUGGGUACACCACACGCUAUAUCGCACAUACGGACACAGUGGUCAACACCCAGGUCAUCACGUCAUCCAGUACUACUGCUCUGAAGGAACAGGCUAGCUGGAAGGUUGUGACUGGUCUUGGAAAUAGUGGCUGCUGGUCAUUCGAGUCUGUCGAUACUCCCGGAAGCUACAUCCGGCACUAUAACUUCGUGCUCCUGCUCAAUGCAAAUGACGGCACGAAGCAGUUCCAUGAAGAUGCGACUUUCUGCCCUAUAAGUGGCCUCAGUGGCACUGGCAGCACUUUCCGGUCCUGGAGCUACCCUACUCGCUUUUUCCGUCAUUACGAGAAUGUCAUGUACGCUGCAAGCAAUGGCGGUCUUGACGUAUUUGAUGCUACUACCUCAUUCAACGCUGAUGUCAGCUUUACUAUCGACACUGCUUGGGCGUCUUAA